AUGGAGGUGCGUAACGUCAAGGACUUCCAGUGGAAGCGCCUGGCGCCGCUGCCCAGCCGCCGGGUCUACUGCUCCCUGCUGGAGAGCGGGGGGCAGGUCUAUGCCAUCGGGGGAUGUGACGACAACGGCAUCCCCAUGGACUGCUUUGAGGUCUACUCCCCCGAGGCCGACCAGUGGACCGCCCUGCCCCCCCUGCCCACAGCCCGGGCCGGGGUGGCCGCCAUCGCCCUGGGGAAGCGGAUCAUGGUGAUCGGGGGUGUGGGCGCCAGUCAGCUGCCCCUGAAGGUCGUGGAGAUGUACAAUAUCGAUGAGGGCAAGUGGAAGAAGAGGAGCGUGCUGCGCGAGGCCGCCAUGGGCAUUUCUGUCACGGCCAAAGAUUACCGAGUGUACGCGGCAGGCGGGAUGGGCCUAGACCUCCGUCCGCACAACCACCUCCAACACUAUGACAUGCUCAAGGAUAUGUGGGUGUCACUAGCACCCAUGCCCACCCCGAGAUAUGCUGCCACCUCCUUCCUCCAAGGCUCCAAGAUCUAUGUGCUGGGGGGACGACAGUCCAAGUAUGCAAUCAAUGCCUUUGAGGUCUUUGACAUCGAGACUCGCUCCUGGACCAAGUUCCCCAACAUUCCCUGCAAGCGGGCCUUCUCCAGCUUUGUGACCCUGGAUGACCGCCUCUACAGCCUGGGGGGCCUGAGGCAGGGUCGGCUCUACCGGCAGCCCAAGUUCCUCCGGACCAUGGACGUGUUCGACAUGGAACAGGGGGGCUGGCUGAAGAUGGAACGCUCGUUCUUCCUCAAGAAGAGGCGGGCAGACUUUGUGGCCGGCUCUCUGAGCGGACGGGUCAUAGUCGCUGGAGGACUCGGGAACCAACCCACGGUCCUGGAGACGGCAGAGGCGUUCCACCCGGGGAAGAACAAGUGGGAGGUCCUCCCCACCAUGCCCACACCUCGCUGUGCCUGCUCCAGCGUUGUCAUCAAGAACUGCCUCCUGGCUGUGGGGGGCGUCAACCAGGGUCUGAGCAAUGCGGUGGAAGCGCUGUGUGUCUCCGACUGCUAGCUGUCCCUGGGCCC